GUCCUCAAAGCAUACUAAUUUCAACAUACUACAAGUUAAUACAUACAUGCUAAUUGCACAUUUGGACGCAGGAAGCGUUGUCUUCUCUGUUGUGAGAAGUUGCUCUGUGACUUAACAAUAUUAUCCUGCUUUGGUCGCUAAUGGCAACCGCAGAGCAUCUAUGCAUUAUGCUUGUGCUCUAUGUGUGUACCUGUAGUUGUAUGAGUGACUAUUACUCACUGCUAGGAGUUCCUCGCUCAGCGUCUAUGAGAGAGAUCAAAAAAGCGUUUCACAAACUGGCUCUUAAACACCAUCCUGACAAGAACCAAAGCCCUAAUGCACAGCAGGCAUUCACGCACAUUGCUCAAGCAUAUGAGGUGCUGUCAAGUAAAGAAAGUAGAAGAGUCUAUGACCAAACAGAUUACAUAACAAACCCUGAUCAAAGCGGAGACAGCAGGAAAAUGGGCAACAAUCCCUUCGAUGACAAAGAGGGAUUCUAUGGCAAAAACGGUUUCGAACAUUUUAGUCUGCAGGAGCUGCUUCGGACGCUACGCCUAGAUGCUGACUUUUUCAUGGAUGAAGAAUCUAGUUUUGAAGGAUGGAGUUAUAAUUUUGGAGCUGAUGAUGAUGAUGAACAGGUCUUCCUUGGUGAUCUCUUCAACAUGCUGUGAAUAUCAGGGUGUGUGUGAUAUGUUUUUAAAUUUAUAAUUUAUGUCACUUGUAGUUAUUUCAAAAACCUAUACAAUCUUUUUUAAAUAAAACUUGAAAAAUAAA